AUGACGGAAGCUUUCAUCGGCUACAGCGAAGACUUUGAACAAUGCCGCGACGAGGCCGUGGCGGCGAUCCGUGCGGUCUCGGCAGCCCGCAACUUGACGGAGCGCAAUGAGCUCUCGGGGCGUGCCCAGGGCCACAUCUCGGAAGCCGAGCGCUACAUGCGCAUCCUCGAGAGCGAGUCGCGGGCCGGAGACUCGCAGGACCGUCGACGGAUGCACCAGCAGCUGCGCACGUUCAAGUCGCAGCUGGACAAGCUCAAGGCGAACCUCGAGCGCUCGAAGCUCAUGGAAGGCAGCGAGCAGCGUCAAGACGCGCGGGCGCCGCAGGACAACGUCGCGCGCUAUCAGCAGCGCGCGGACCGCAUUGAAGACCACUUGGCUGACGCGCAGGACAUUAUUGCACGGACGGAAGCCACGGCGCAGAACGUGACGACGAACCUCGCGGACCAGCGCGAGCAGCUCAUUAACGUCCGCACGAACGUUGAUGCGACGCGGGAAGACACGGCUGAAGCUGGGAUGCACUUGAAGAAACUCAAGUGCAAGAUGAUGUCGCAGCUCUUGUUUUUGUACUUUGUCAUCUUGGGACUUGUAGCAGUGAUCAUCUGGCAAGCGAUUUCUAAGUUUGCGUAG